AUGCGUCGAUCCGAUAAGUCACGAUCCUCAAGCUCGCUGACUACAUUUGUCGCGAUCGUCUGUCUUGCCAAUGUCUUCCCCACUGUUCUUGGAUUAAGAACCUCGCCCUAUUCACCAUGCGCUGAUGUCUGCGGCACAUCGACCAACACGACGACAUCGUCCGAAAUCGCCUGUCUGGACUCUCAGUAUAGCCAGAAAAAAGGCCAAGCGUUUGAAACCUGCGUUAGCUGCUUGCUGAAGAGUAGCUAUGCGGAUCGAACAACUGGAAAUACCGAUGUGAACUGGGGGCUUUAUAAUCUACGUUACGCAGUGUCAGAGUGCGUUUUUGGAUAUCCCGACUCAUUCUCAAAUAUCUCCUCGCCCUGUCCGGUAUCCUGCGAUGCGAUCCGUCCGGCCGUUGAGACAAACAUCAAAGACCCAUCUCCAGAGAACUUCAAUUCGUGGUGCGGAACAUCGACAUUCGCCGAUAAUGUCGUGAACUCGUGCGAGUUCUGCUAUAAUUUGACCGCUACCCAAAACCAAAAACAGGUUUACCUAGCCAACUAUCUUGAAUCCAUCCGUUACAACUGCCACUUUGAAACCGUAACAGGUAGCCCAUUCGACAUCGCCCCAUCGCGAAUCUUCACCUCCGUCCUCCUCCCUUCAAGCAUGUCGCUCAGCACAUCCACCCCCAGCAAAUCGGGCGUGAGUCUUGCUCUCGUAAUAGCCCUCCCCAUCAUCGGAUUUCUCAUAAUUCUCAUCGGGCUCGCCGUAUGCUGUUUCUUCUUCAUUCGAUCGCGGCGCAAGAGAAACAAUCGUGGCCGGCACCAAAGCAUGUGGAACACACCUCAAUCGAACCAGCGAUCCUGGGCGGCGGAGGAGAUGUAUGCCGCAGGUUUUGGAGGAGGCGUUUCCCAUGGGCUGGGCUUUGUGGACACGGAUGGUCGCGGACACGAGGUUGGAUAUGGAUAUGAUUAUUCCGAUCAGCCCUCAGCGAGCCACCAGCAUUUUCCGCAGCAGUAUGCGGAUCAUACGAGUUAUUCUGAAUAUUCGAAGGGUGCUGCUCAGCAGCAGAUUACUGAGGAUAUUCCUUUGCAGUCACCACCCAUUCCUCAGUCUUACUCGAUGCAGGGUGGAUUGCAGUCGCCGCCUAUUCCUCAGCCUUAUGGGAUGCAGGGUGGGUUGGAGACAUAUGACCCUGAUCAGAAGCGGCCGUUGUAA